CGGUUCGUUCCAAUGGCGAGCACAAGUACCUCGUCUCUAGCUGGCGAGGGCUGGAUGAUACUGUCCAAAUUAUUUGCGUGUUUCAUGAAAUUUGAAUACGAUGUGCAGACUCGUCUAGGAUCUUCGAGAUUGCAUCACUUGCGAUCCAUACCCUUGGUCGGGUCCAGGUUAGCACGGAAUUGUUCGUACGCACACGCUGAAAUUCUGUGUAUGCACGAGACCGAGACGAAUGUCGCCAUCCCCACACAACAUCGUUGAGCGCUGAGCAAUGUUCGCUCACCCAAGCCAUCGAGUCACCCGCCAACUGUUUUCCUUCUACUAUUUCAACGUAUAUAAUGGCCGCUGCUACGCCGCUGGUUUGCUGCAUUGGCUGAUGUUUUCAUACCUCAUGCACAUCCUGGAAAAUGAUUCGUGUUACCACGAGGCGGCGGUCGCAUUACGGAGGCCAAAGAGGCGAAUUGCCUGACAUCGGGCGCGACGGUGAACAUCUACUGCGAUGUUAUAUUCGGGUUUCCCACUCAAUGUUGCCCGCGCUGAACCUACAGAUGUAUCUUGAUCCUAGAAACACGUCGGAUCAGUUAGGCUGCUCGGAUCUGGGGCAGGUCUUACCAUUCCUUGAUCCCUUCGUAAUGGCUCAAAGUAAGAUCAGCUUCACCAUCGCGACGAUAUCAACGAUGACAUGUGGUGGGCGAGUGAAGAAGUCCGGUACUUACGUCUGGGGCCAAAUGUGCGCGCACAAAAAUAUCUACAUUUCCGGACUAGUUCCCAUAUCGAUGGUGCCCUUAGCGGAUCAAUCAGCCAUCAAUCAAUCGAUCAUGGUCAUUACUGGCGUUUUACUUCACACAGGCCAUGCAUGGUACACGUUUCAGCCUGCGGACGAUGUUGUUCAACUGGAGGUGUAUUUGCCAAUCAAUUGCCAGCAACCUGGUGCUUUGAAAUCAGCAUCGUUUUUUGUGCUUGGUCAUCACCUUACACACUGGCCGACCCGCCCAAUACCAAAUACGACCGAAGUACAGCCCUACUGCUCGCGGCGUGCAAAUAUCCAGACUAUUUGGAAUAAGCCUUCGUCCAUCACCUCCAAAUCCGACGGAUCAAAAAGAUGCUUCGGGGAUUGGGUCUACCUGGUCGGUCGUGCUGGUGAUGAUGGCGGUGCAGGUUCUGCCCUCAUCGGGGGUUUGGUCUCUGCUGCGUUAUAUGGCGUAACAAAUCUCCAGACUUAUUUAUAUCUCAUGCACUACUCUGCCGACGAUGCCUCAAUCAUGAAAUGCCUGGUUACGGUCACAUGGAUCCUUGAUACUGUACAUGUAAUGCUUAUGUGCCAUAUAUUGUAUUAUUACCUGGUAACAAAUUAUGGCAUUCCAACAAGUUUGGACUAUAUUGUCUGGUCAUACCCAGCGUCGUUUCUGGUGAAUAUACUUGUGGUUUCUGUGGUUCAAUGCUUCUUCGCACAUAAAAUAUAUCGCCUUUGUCGCCCUCAAUUAAAGUGGUUGUUGACCACCCCAGUUAUACUAUUAGUACUUGUUCGCUUCGGAUCGGGCAUGGGUUUCAGCGCUUUGGUGUUCGUCCACAACGAGGCCACCAUCCUUACGCAAACUAGGGUAGCUUUGUUAAUGGAGAAAUUGGUGCACCCACUCACGAGUCGUUAUUCGCAGUUUUCUGUUGUGAUACCCACUGGGACGCCCCUUUUACUAUCUGAGGGUAUGAUUACAGUGUCACUUUGCGUCCUUUUGUAUGGUGGCUCUCGUGACGGGCUCCCAAGAAUGAAGCGUCUCCUGCACACGCUAAUCAUCUACGCUGUUAACCGGUGUCUGCUGACUCUAUUAGUCGCCAUUGCGGUGGUCAUCAUGGCCGCCGAGGUCCAGGUUUCAUGGGAAAUGGGAUUAGACUUCAUCAUCGGAAGGUCAUCGCUGAACACCCGGAAAUACCUUCAAUCCAAGUGUUCAGAAACCACGAUAGAUCUGCACAUCAAUACCAUCAACUUCGCGGACCCGCCGAAACUUUCGGGACAGGGAGAGAGUUCAAAGGAUGGAGAAAGGCAAUUCAGGAUGUGCGAGAUUUUUCUGACUGAUGUCACGGCCGAUCCGACAUUUGAUCAAACUACAACAUUGCAAGGAGAGAGCGAGGUAUAA